AUGGCACCGCAUUCCUCCCAAUCCUCCGCGCCCUCUCCAUCAUUGAAGCGCAAGCAAGCUACCAUCUCCAGUUUCUUUACUCAAAAACCGUCUUCAACGCCACGCUCUGCUACUAACGUCAUUGAAACGCCGUCCAAAACUGCGUCGAAAAAAAGAGCGGCCUCACCUACCGAGCCGAGUCCUGUCUCGGAAGGAGCAGCUCCUGUACCGGACGACGAUGACGAAGACGACGAUAUCGUGGUGCCACCCACUAAACGCGUGAGAAGGAACGGCUCAGCUCCAGAAGAACCUGCAGAAGUUCUGCCAGAGAUAUCAUUGCACCCCCCAUCCCAACUGAGCAGUAGCCAACGGACGGACAUCUUCAAGUUCCAAAGUCUCCCCACCGACCCCUCGGCGAACAACGAAGCUGAAGACCCUGAAGCCGUCGAACGAAGGAAGACAAAAGAAAAACUGCACCAGAAGUUUGUCCGGAAACUCGGCGGAGCCGACUGCUUGAUUGGCAUUGGAAGAACAGCGGCCAGCGAUCUCGCCGGUGCCGGCGCUGAGGCCGAAGAAGCCGAUGACGAUGAGGAGCCCACGCCCCCGCCCCCCACAAAGGGCAAGGGCGCUGCUAAGAAGGGCGGCAGCAAGCUCACGCCCAUGGAGAAACAGGUCAUCGAGAUCAAGCGCAAGCACAUGGACACCGUGCUGGUGAUCGAAGUCGGUUACAAAUUUCGGUUUUUCGGCGAGGAUGCUCGCGUGGCAGCGAAGGAGCUGGGAAUCGUGUGCAUACCAGGAAAGUUCCGGUUUGAUGAGCAUCCAUCCGAGGCCCAUAUUGACCGCUUCGCGUCGGCCAGUAUCCCCGUGCACAGAUUGCAUGUUCAUGUGAAGCGUCUCAUUACGGCGGGCCACAAGGUCGGCGUGGUGCGGCAGAUCGAAACCGCGGCGCUCAAGGCGGCUGGGGACAAUCGCAAUGCGCCGUUUGUGCGCAAGUUGACGAACCUGUACACGAAGGGAACUUAUAUCGAUGACGUGGAAGGUUUGGCGGGCCCGGCACCUGCAGCUGGGGGUGCUUCGCCGGCGACUGGGUAUAUGUUCUGCAUCACCGAGACCAAUGCCAAAGGCUGGGGGAACGACGAGCGGGUGCACGUUGGUAUUGUCGCUGUUCAACCAGCCACGGGUGACGUUAUCUAUGACGACUUUGAGGAUGGAUUUAUGCGGAGCGAGAUUGAGACGCGGCUCUUGCAUAUUGCGCCUUGUGAGAUUCUCAUUGUUGGGGAUAUGUCUCGAGCCAGCGAAAAGCUUGUGCAGCAUCUAUCCGGAAGUAAGAUGAAUGUUUUUGGGGACGCUGUUCGCCUGGAGCGGGCACCGAAGAAAAAAACGGCAGCAGCAGAAGCUCAUAGCCAUGUUGCAGGCUUCUACGCCGGCAAAAUGAGUGCAACUGGGGGCGAGGAGGACGUCAAGGCCGCAAAGCUGCUGCAGAAUGUGCUUGAAUUGCCCGAGCAAGUUACUGUUUGUCUAUCUGCUAUGAUUGAGCACAUGACGGAGUAUGGGCUUGAGCAUGUGUUUAAUCUGACGAAGUACUUCCAACCAUUUUCGGCGCGGUCCCAUAUGCUGUUGAAUGGCAACACACUGGUCAGCCUGGAGAUUUAUCAGAACCAGACUGACCACUCAGCUAAGGGGAGUCUCUUUUGGACCCUGGAUCGCACCCAAACACGCUUUGGCCAGCGUCUACUACGACAUUGGGUUGGACGGCCGCUACUCGACAAAAUUCGGCUUGAGGAACGCACCGAUGCAGUAGAAGAGCUGACAAACCCUGCUCGCACAGUACCUGUGGAGCGCGUCAAGAGGCUGCUAGGUAGAAUCAAAAGUGAUCUUGAAAAAAGCCUGAUUCGAAUCUAUUACGGAAAGUGUACGCGGCCUGAGUUGCUCACAGUGCUGCAGACUAUGCAAACUAUCGCGAUGGAAUUUAUGGACGUCAAAUCUCCAGCUGAUACCGGAUUCAACUCCACCCUUGUGAGCGAAGCCAUCGCCUCCCUCCCCACCAUACAGGAGGAUGUCACUUGUUUCUUGGAUAAGAUCAAUCUUCAUGCCGCCCGAAGCGACGACAAGUAUGCGUUCUUCCGUGAAGAGGAAGAAACCGAAGAAAUUGGCGAAGAGAAGCUUGGAAUCGCUAGCAUCGAACAUGAAUUGAACGAGCACCUUGCGGUGGCCGGUGAGCGCAUUGGCAGGAAGAAAGUCGAGUACUCGACCGUCUCGGGGAUCGAAUACCUCAUCGAGAUCGAAAACAAUUCCUUGGCUAUCAAAAAAAUCCCUGCCUCUUGGGCCAAAAUCAGCGGAACAAAGAAGGUCUCGCGGUUCCACACUCCCGAGGUUAUCCAGCUCAUUCGGCAACGCGACCAGCACAAGGAAGCCCUGGCCGCGGCCUGCGAUCGUGCCUUCAUGGCCCUUCUCGCUGACAUUGCCACCCAAUACCAAUCAUUCCGCGACUGUGUUCAGUCCCUCGCAACGCUCGACUGCCUGCUCUCCCUCGCGACCAUUGCCCAGCAACCCGGCUACUCCAAACCCGAAUUCACAGAACGUCCAUGUCUCCACAUCGAACAAGGCCGACACCCAAUGGUAGAGCGUCUCCUAACAGACACAUAUGUUCCUAAUGACACCAACCUCGACCCGGACGCCACACGAGCCCUCCUUGUCACCGGCCCCAACAUGGGCGGUAAAUCCAGCUAUGUGCGCCAGGUUGCGCUCAUCGCCAUAAUGGGGCAAAUAGGCUCGUAUGUACCCGCAGCAUCCGCAAAACUGGGCCUCCUAGACGCCGUGUUUACACGUAUGGGCGCCUUCGACAACAUGCUCGCCGGCGAGUCCACCUUCAUGGUCGAGCUCUCUGAAACAGCGGACAUUCUGAAGCAGGCCACGCCCCGGUCCUUGGUCAUCCUCGACGAACUGGGCCGUGGCACGUCAACCCAUGACGGCGUCGCUAUUGCGCAGUCCGUACUGGACCAUAUGGUGCGGUCCAUCCGCUCCUUGACCCUUUUCAUCACGCACUACCAGCACUUGGCGCGCAUGGCGCGCGCAUUUCCGAACAAGGAACUUCGCAAUGUGCACAUGCGGUUUACAGAGUCUGGAGAGAAAGACGACGAGGAGAUCACUUUCUUAUACGAGGUUGCGGAGGGCGUGGCGCAUCGUAGCUAUGGGUUGAAUGUAGCGCGGUUGGCGAACCUGCCGCCAUCUGUGCUGGAUGUGGCGAAGACGAAGAGUGCGGAGCUGGAGGAGUCAAUCAAGCGCAAGCGGUUGACGGCUCUGGUUGGGGCUGUUGAGAAGGUUGUUGAGACUGGGGAUAGCAAUGCUGGAGAUGAGGAACUGCUGGAUCGUUUGGCUGCAAGUGUGGAGCAGCUGUAG